AUGUCAAGCUGUGGAAAGAGCUCCUGCAGCGAUCCCAGCGCAACCCCAGGUGAUCCGCGGACGACGAAGAGUCGAGUUCUCGAGACCGGUGCCUCAAUGGUGCAAGACUUCACGCCUGUGAAACAAAUCUGCGCCCAUCUCAAUGCGUUCCACGUCUACGCCAACGACCCAACUCGAUGCAUCGAAGCUAAUCACUAUUGCACGCAUUUGACAGAGGAUGUCCGUCAAUGCCUUAUCUAUGAUUCGCCAAAGGCAACCGCCCGUCUCAUCGGCGUGGAAUACAUGGUCUCACCGCGCGUCUUCAAGACGCUUUCUUCGGAGGAGCGCAAGCUCUGGCAUACGCACGAGUACGAGAUCAAGAGCGGCAUGCUGAUCAUGCCAGCACCGGUUGGUAUGCCGAAUGCUGCGUGGGAGGUUGCCGAAACGGCAGAGAUGCAUGAUCUCGCGCCUGUCUAUGGAAAGAUCUAUCAUUUCUGGCAGGUCGAUCGGGGAGAUCCUGUGCCUCUUGGUCAGCCGCAGCUUAUGGGCAGCUUUCUAUCAGAUGAGAGAGUGAAAUUGGCGCAUCCUGGAGGGUUGGAUGCGUUGCUAAAGGAUCGGGAUGAGAGGUUUGGAGUGGAUCAUCGGCAGAAGGCGAAGAAGAGGGAGAAUAUCGAGCCAGUGGAAAAACAUCCGGCCCAUAUUUCUAAUUCACCACAGAUGGAGCGCUUAUUUCGAUCUACGCUAAAGUUCGCCAAUGUGCGAACUAUCGGCCGGCUCGCACUCAAUGGCGCCGGCACGUUCUGCGCCUGCGCACUGAUCUGGGAGCACCUGAUAACCAUCCAGCUCAGCGCGGGCCCGUCGAUGUACCCUACCUUCGAUGUCCGAGGCGAUUGGCUCAUGAUCUCGCGAUUACACCGCAAUGGAAAGGGGAUCGAGGUCGGCGAUGUCGUGCGAUUUGGCCAUCCCAACUUUCGGGGUGUGAACGUUGCCAAACGGGUGGUGGGAAUGCCUGGGGAUUUUGUCUGUCAGGAUUCGCCGCUGAGUAUGGAUAUUGGCAAGGAUGGGAACAUGAUACAGGUCCCCGAAGGCCAUGUGUUUUUGGCUGGCGACAACCUUCCCUGGUCUAGGGAUUCGAGAAACUACGGCCCAGUACCCAUGGGUCUCAUUAAUGGAAAGAUAAUCGCGAGGGUAUGGCCACCGUCGAAAAUGGAGUGGGUGCGUAAUCCAUUGCAACCGGCGCAAUUGGAUGAGAGCAUUUGA